AUGGCAGAACCAGAGACCUAUCUUGCAGUCUUAAAGGCUGCCUACGACUAUGACCCUCAACCAGAUGCAGAGGAAGAGCUAGCUAUCAAGGAGGGCCAGGCUCUACUUCUACUUGACCGCAUAGACGAAGAUUGGUGGAAGGUCAAGGUCAAGCCAGACUCUCAAGAUGAGGAAGGGCCGUCGGGACUGGUGCCCGCAGCCUAUGUCGAAGAAGCCACACACAUCUCCGUUGUCAAAGUGCUAUACGACUAUGAAGCCACUCAGUCGACUGAGCUCACUGUAUCAGAGGAAGACCUCCUUUAUGUCUACGACAAAGACGACGCAUGGAUGCUUGUACGGAAAGAGUCGGACGACUCCAGGGUCGGCUAUGUGCCUGGGAACUACGUCGAAGAGGUCACUAGAGAGGAACCUUCCGACGCCGCACCUCCGGCGCCUGCGAUAUCACAGAUCGUCGUGCCGCCAUCGCCACAACGUCCUGUGAGCACAUACGUUGACCCUGCAGAACGUGUCGCAGCAGCAUCUGCGAAAGCUCAGGCGGAUGACAUCAAGACCUGGACAAUUUCCGAAGUGGACAAGAAGGGCAAGAAGAAGAAGGGGACCCUCGGUGUAGGGAACGGUGCAGUAUUCUUUGCCAGCGAGGCUGACAAGACGCCAGUCCAGAAGUGGCAGACUGCGGACAUUCAGAAUGUUCACAUCGAAAAGUCUAAACAUGUACACAUCGAGAUCGGAGGAUCCGAUGCAACAAACCUUCACUUCCACGCUGGCGCCAAGGACGUCGCCGAGGCCAUCGUCGCAAAGCUUGAAUCCUCACGCGCGCUCGCUGCUCCCUCGGCUCCCUCCACCCUUUCACCAUCAGUCGAGGAGGUCCACGAGCCCCGACGCGCCAGUCCCCAGAAGGCCGUGCACUUCGACGCGUCGGAGCCCGAGAUUAUCCCGCCGCGCGAACCCUCGGACGAUGGGGCUGAGGAGCAGCCAGAAGGCGAGGCUGCCGUAGCGCUAUAUGAUUUCGCCGCAGAUGGCGAGGACGAGCUGUCGGUGGCGGAGGGCGAGACGCUUUAUGUCCUGGAACGCGAUAGCGAUGAAUGGUGGAAGUGCCGGAAUUCCUCCGGCGGGGAGGGCGUUGUGCCUGCGAGUUAUAUUGAGCUCGUGAAUGCUGCCGCAUCCACCUCUGCGGCAACUGGAGACGAGGACAGCGCCGCCUCCGCCGCUGCCGAGGCUGCACGGGAAGCGGAGGAGCGCGCAGAAGCGCGGCGCCAGGAGCGUGCGCGUGAGGAGCGGGAACGCGCAGAGCGAGAGCGCAAGAAAGCCGAGGCUGAGAAACGCGCGAAGGCCGCCGCAACUGCAGCGGAGGCAGACAGGAAGCGUCGUGAGCAGGGGCGGGCGAGGAAGGAAGAGGAGACGCGCGCUGCAGCUGCGGCCUCCGAAUCGCGCAAGGAGCGGCGCGACUCUGUUGAUCGGCCAGAGUCGUCGCGGAGCAAGAAGGCGAACGGAGACUCGUCGAGCUCGAGCCGCGGAUCGAUAGACAAGCGGGGUCCGCCUACCGGGGACACACGAGUGUGGCACGACAAGUCAGGACAGUUUCGCGUUGAGGCGGCUUUCCUUGGUCUCAUCGAUGGAAAGCUGCGCUUGCACAAGGUCAACGGCGUCAUCAUUGAGGUCCCGCGGGAGAAAAUGUCUCCUGAGGACCUCAAGUACGUCGAGAAGCUCACCAAGGACGCGCAGCCUCGUAAGUCGGAGGAUGACGACCAGCCUCUCGAACUGCGCCGGCGGUCACUGCAACCAGAAGCCAUGCGUGCUGCUAAGUCGAAGAAGAAAUCGACCAUCGACUGGUUUGAGUUCUUCCUCGGCGCUGGGUGCGAUGUCGACGACUGCACUCGCUACGCGUCUGCCUUCGAACGCGACAAGAUUGACGAGUCGAUUCUGCCCGACAUCACUGAGUCGACGAUGCGAUCCUUAGGGCUGCGCGAGGGCGAUAUCAUCCGCGUCAAGAAGGCAAUCGAGCAGAGGCAGCCAAAGAAGGCCCCUGUCGAUGCGGACCAGAUUCGUCGCGACGAAGAGCUCGCCAGGCAACUGCAAGCCGAGGAGACGGGCUCUUCCGGUGGCAAGCCCAGAAGCCAGCCUCCGAACCUCUUCGCUGGGCCUAAUGGUGCUCUCAAGAACAACUCCAUGCGCCGGGGUCGCCCGCAGUCGAACAAGGGCGGGCCGCCGUCAAGCGUCGAUCUCCAGUCGAUCACGUCGGCAUCCGAUCAGAUGCAACGUACGGGCUCUCCAUCCGCGGCUAGUCCAGACAGUACUGCACCCUCGUCCGCGGCGCCAAUACAGCCGCCGUCGCGCUCGAGCUCUGCCGCGCCGGUAGCCAGUGGCUUCGAUGACAAUGCCUGGACAAAUAGACCAAGCUCGACGAAGCCAACUGCGGCUCCUACCCCGCCUGCACUCGCAGCGCGCGCACCCUCAGCUCCUCCUGCUCCUCCUGCUCCUCCUGCCCCACCAGCCCCCCCUGCACCUGCACCUCUUGCGCCAACACCGCCGGUGGCACCAGCGCAACCUGCGACGCCUACAUUCGUCACCACCAGUCCCGCGCCGGCCUCGCAGCAGUCUACGGGUGCGACCCUUGCGAAGAACGAUAAUGACAUCUUCGAGCAGCUCGCCCGCCUGUCUCAGAUACGGACCCAGAGCCCUGCGGUGCAAUUGCCUCAACGCGCACCAUCUGUUCCCAUAUCAACACCCGUGAGCUAUCAGGCAGGCCUGGGUAUGGGCCCCUCCCCUGUACCUAUGGGCCAACAUCUGCAGAAUCAACAGACCGGUCUCUUGCCGCCACCUCAACAGCCGCAGUUCACGAAUGGCCCCCGCGGCCCCCUCGCACCUGUUCCUGUCAACCAGACUCUUCUACAACCCCUGAUACCCACGACGACUGGUUUCAACAGUUUCGUUCCCACCCGACCGCAGAGCGUGCAGUCUCCCUUCCAAACGCCGCCACAGCAGCCUUCGUUCCUUUCCACUCAGCCAACUGGCUAUCCCGGAGCCAACCAGGCUAUGAUGCCACAGAUGACAGGCUUCCUUAACUCGAACCCGGUAUUGUCACAGCCUACAGGUUUCCCUGGUGGUAACUUCCCGACGUCUGGACCUCUGCUGUCUCAGCCGACAGGUAUACCGAAUAAUUACGGGGGCCCGGUCAACGGAGGUUUCGGGUCGGUUCCCUCUUUCCAGAACAACACCGGCUUUGGCGGAAUUCAAAGCAACCCUACAGGAUAUAACCCUGGCUUCGGACAGUCGCCAUUUGGCAAUGGUGUAGCCUCGCCUCCACCCGUGCCACAACAGCAAUCCUCACUUGCGAAUACCACCCCUGCUAACAUUUUUGCCCAAAUGAAGAGCGGGACAUUUGCGAACGACAACUCAACGGGACCACAGGGUGCAGAUAAAUACGACGCACUGCGCCCUAACCCGUCACCUCUGACUGCCCAACCAACAGGCUGGGGAUAUCAAGGCGUGAACGGUGGAUAUGCGGGCGGUUACGGCUUUCAACAUUGA